AUGGCGGCCAAGUACGGCCUAAUGCUACAUCAGAUGGAUGUCAAGACAGCGUUUCUUGACGGCUCCCUCGACGAAGACAUCUACACGGACCAACAUGCAGGAUACCUGGAUGCAAAACAGCCGGACUUUGUGUGCAAGCUAAAGAGAUCGCUCUACGGCUUGAAGCAAUCGCGACGCAUGUGGAACCAAACGAUCGAUGGGUUCAUGAUCAAGAUGGUAUUUAAGAAGUGCGAAUCGGACCACUGCAUCUACAUCAAGCGAGACGACCAAGGCAUGACUCUCGUGGUGCUCUACGUCGAUGAUCUCAUCCUGGCCAACAGCAACAAUAAACUACUCAAGGUCUACCAAGAUGGCGCUGAGCACACGCUUCAAAAUGACAAAUCUCGGUGA